AUGCAAAAGUCCAUUGGCACAUGCCAUUCAGAAGGUGGCGUCACACUACUGGAUCGUCCACAUACCGAUGACCCAGAUCGCCCACCGGAUAUCAGCAUUGGAAGCUUGAGUACGGAACAGUUGAUGGAACAUAUGUUGGAACAUGAGUUAUGUGGUGAGAUUGAUCUAGACGAAGUGAUGGCUUCUGCAGCCUAUGCCAGACCAACGCAAGGUGUUGCAGCGGCUCACUUGUCCAAAAUUUGGAAAAUCGAUCUGCCUACUGCCGAGAGAACGUUGAAUGCCACUACCCAGUUACUACACCAAUCGGAGGACCCCUCAAUGGCGCGUAACUUUGGGACCAACGACCGGAUGCUUUGA